AAGAAGUACAUUCCACCUACAUUUCGAGAAUAACGCUUCCCACACCGUGAAGCUCGUCCCUGCGAACGACUUCCUCCGCGACCAGUUGGAGAUUAUGGGCAGGGCCGGCGUCGGGGAUUUGGUCGUCGACGCUAGCCGAAAUCAGCGGAACGCAAGUGGACAGACUUUGACCAAGUCUUGUAGUACUAGAUGCGGAGUCUGGGCCGAAAAAGAGCACGCGGCUGCCGGCUUGGAAGAAGUCAAGACGUACCCG